AUUCAAGAUUUGACGCAUGGAAACAAUGAAAGUUUGAUCAUGUGACUACGUAUAGGAAACCAAAUUGGAAAAGGGUUACAAUGGUUUACAAUAAUGGAUGAUUGUUAUAUGUUACUUGAGAAAAGUAACGGUAUAUUCGAGCUUUCACGUCGAACGCCAUCGAAUUUGUGAGUCUGGUUUCACGUUUUACGGGAGAGGCACGUCGUUGGAUAUAGGGACGAGCAUUAUUUCGAGCUCACAUUAUGGGGUUCGAUGUGAACCGAUUCCAGGGCGAAGUUGACGAAGAACUUGUUUGUCCAAUAUGUUCUGGAGUUCUGGAAGAUCCAGUCCAGGUGAGCAAUAUGUUACAGGCACCUGUAUGCGAACAUGCCUUUUGUCGUACGUGCAUUAACGAAUGGAUAAACAGACAACCUACAUGCCCCUUGGAUCGUACACCAAUUACAUCCGCUCAACUGAGAGCAGUUCCAAGAAUCCUUCGAAAUUUAUUGGCUCGUCUGUGCAUUAGUUGUGAUAAUAUUAUGUAUGGAUGUCAAGUAGUCGUCAAGCUUGACAGUUUAGUAUCACAUCUGGAGCAAUGUGAAUAUAACCCUAAGAGACCAAUGCUUUGUGAACAAGGAUGUAGUCUUAUUAUUCCCAAAAAUGAGCUGAAAGAUCAUAAUUGUGUAAGAGAACUUAGGAAUAUCAUACAUUCGCAGCAACAAAAACUUGCUGACAUGAAGCGUGAGCUGGGUGAACAGCAACUUCAAAUAAACGAACAUAAAAGAGAGAUACAUCUUCUAAAAGAUUUUAUGAGAGCUUUAAGAGUUUCAAAUCCUGCCAUGCGAGCUAUCGCCGAUCAAAUGGAAAGAGACGAAGUUGUAAGAUGGUCUGCUACUCUUCCACGAGCGAGAGUGACCAGGUGGGGAGGAAUGAUUUCCACGCCUGAUGAAUUAUUACAGACAAUGAUAAAGAGAACUUUGUCAGAAUAUAAUUGUCCACCUCAUGUAAUCGACGAAUUAAUGGAAAAUUGUCACGAAAGAAAAUGGCCUCCUGGUUUAAAUUCGCUUGAAACAAGACAGAAUUCUAGACGUCAGUAUGACAAUUAUGUUUGCAAAAGAGUUCCUGGAAAGCAAGCAGUGUUAGUCCUUUAUUGCGAUAAUACACACAUGCCAGAAGACAUGAUGGUUGAACCUGGAUUAGUGAUGAUUUUUGCACAUGGCAUAGAAUAAAAUUUAAUACCAAUGUUCUGUGCAUGCCAAGAUAUUUUAAAAUUCAUUUAUUUUGUUGUUUGUUAUAUUCACCAUGAUUAAUAUUCAAGGUGUAUGAAAUAUCUUUGUACUUAUGCGCAGAUACUGGAAUAUUUGCAUAAUGUAUCUUGCAGUUGUUAAUGCAGGAUAUUUUUUCAAAAGUAUUGAAAGGAACAAAUGACAUGCCUUUUGUGAUAAACAAUUGUACAGACACAAUUGCCACAAACAAAAAAUCUAAUUGAAUGUCUGGAUCUUUACACUGUGAUAUACUAUUUCAUUGAGAAAGUUCCUGAAAUGCAUGAUAAAUAGUGAGCAAGUUUUAGUUGACUUAAAUAAUUCUUUAUAUCUUCCUAUGAAUUUGAGUUUUUCUUCAUGAUAAUUAACAAACCAACUAUUUGUCAACUAUUUCAGGAAAGUUUUUACAUAUAUAGAAGUCUGUAAGUGUUUUAUUAUAGUGCUUUAGACAAGUAAGAAACAAAAAAUAUGGAAAUUAUCAAUAUGGUAAUUGCUGCUACUAAGAUUUAAAUGUGUUCUGGAAGAGGAGCAUCGAAUGUUAGAAAGAGGAAUAAUUUCUUUCUGUCUCAACGUUAUUUAUAUGAUUUUAAUAAAAACAUUUAAAAAUGCA